AUGCAAACAGCUGCACAUCAUUCCAUAACCUGUUACUUACCUAGCAGGUAUCAUUCCACAAAAACAUGGAUGAAAAUUAGAAACCCAAAUCAAAUUCAAACCCAACUUUCCGAAAGACCUAAUUUGAUUAUUGGAGUUCAAAAUGGUCAGAAGUUCGGAUCUUUUAUCCGACCCACAUUGUUUCUUGACCCAAAAACCAAGAUUUUUGCUAUCCCAGAUGAUGGCCACCUGUCAUCUGUCUGUGUGUCAGAAGAUAACAAAAACCCAAACCCAAACCAAGAAUCCGACCCGGAACCAUUAUUCAGCAAAUGGUCACCUCCAAGAUACCUAUGGAGAGGACUAUCCGUUUUCAUCUUAGCGGGUCAAGUAAUAAUCCGUAUCCUGAAAGGCAAAAUCCACUGGAUAAACACCCUCCAACAGCUAGAAAGAGUGGGUCCAAAAUCAGUAGGUGUGUGUCUGUUAACCUCAGCAUUUGUAGGCAUGGCCUUCACAAUCCAAUUUGUUCGUGAGUUCACCCGGUUAGGACUCAACCGGGCCGUGGGUGGGGUCCUAGCCCUAGCCUUCACCCGGGAGUUAUCCCCUGUGAUCACCUCCAUCAUAGUGGCGGGCCGUAUCGGGUCCGCAUUUGCUGCUGAAUUAGGAACAAUGCAAGUUUCUGAACAGAUUGAUACAUUAAGGGUUUUAGACACUGACCCUGUUGACUAUUUGGUUACCCCCCGAGUGAUUGCUUCUUGUGUGGCUUUACCCUUUUUGACCCUCAUUUGUUUCACUGUUGGGAUGGCUUCUAGUGCGAUUUUGGCUGAUGGGGUUUAUGGGAUUAGUAUUAAUAUUAUAUUGGAUUCGGCUCAAAGGGCACUUAGGUCAUGGGAUAUAAUUAGUGCCAUGAUUAAGAGUCAGGUUUUUGGAGGGAUUAUAUCAAUUGUCAGCUGUGCUUGGGGGGUUACUACUUUGGGUGGUGCUAAAGGUGUUGGUGAAUCCACUACUUCUGCUGUUGUUAUUUCGCUUGUUGGGAUUUUUAUAGCCGAUUUUCUGCUUUCUUAUUGGUUUUUUCAAGGAGCCGGUGAUUCUCUCAAGAAUUUGUAA